AUGGCUGUCCGUGCCCUACUUCACAUCGCCCAUAAGACACUUGUGUGCUCUGUAUGCUACGAUCUUUUUCACAACCCGGUGGCAUUUCCGUGCGGCCACGUCUUCUGCCGGGCGUGUGCCGAGCGCUGCGUGGCCGGGCGGCCGCACUGCCCACUCUGCAACCACGGUGUCGCGAGCAGACGUGCGAGCGCCCCGCUGCCGACUGUCACCGCCCUCACAGCGUUGGUUCGCGAUAUUGCCGAGUCGCUGCGGCAGCUGCAGCAAGGUGUUUUGCCACCGCUGCAGCUUCUGGAGGGCGAGCCCGCACCAACCGUUGUUGUUGCUGCUUCUGCUGUCGGCAGCUGCACCACACCAACGCGGCCAUCUAUGGCAAGCGACGGUGCUGCGAAGGCGCGGAGCACGUCAGUCGUUGGGCGUGACACAAGCGUGCCGCAUACGCAGCUGCUGCGCACGCCUCUCCUACCCAGAGCAGUAGAGACGUAUGACGUGGCAUGGGAUGACACAGAGACGCAGCGCGUGCAGCCGGUGAGCCCCACCCCGAGGAGAGCCCCGCAGUUUGUGGCGCUUCGCCACACCAGCAGCGACCCCGCCGAGGGGGCCAAUGCGCACAGCGGGUGCUGCAAGUUGUGCGGACUUGACAUCAGGAACCGCGCCAUAAUGCGGCGAUACCUGCGGAAGUUGCUCGACACAGACCCUUUGUGCGACAAGAGCCGUGUGCGGCAGCUGAACGAAGCGACGCUUUUUGAGUGCCUUGGUCCCAUGUGGCAAAUACGACUUGACACAGAGUGUGUGGCGGGCACGUCGGGCGGCGGGCAGCGAAAGCGCGGCCGAAGUGAGACGACGACAUCGCCAGACAUGUCACCACAACCGUCACCGCUGCUGCUGCUGGUGCAUCAGGCGUGCCUAGAGUCGUGCUUGCUUCAGGAGCGCGUCGCUGGCGCCACGACGGUGGCGGUGCAUGUUUCAGACAUGCAGUUUCAGAAGCUGUGCUCUGCGGGCGGAGUGACAGCGUGUGCCUCUUGUGGGCGGAGCGCAGGGAGGUGUCUGCUGCUGUGCCGCUGCUGCCAGCAGAAGGCUUACCAUUACCCAUGUGCAAUGCUGACAGGCGCCAGAGUAUGCGGUGUUUCCGGCGCGCUGCUCUGUGCUGAGUGUGCGGGGGCGGAAACAGCAGAAGCAGCAGUGUGA